GUCACACUGUGCACUUCUCAUUGGUUUAGCUCUCCAUACACCCCUUUCCGCAGUAUUUCCGCCUUCAUAUUUUUGUUUCCGCGAGAGAAUGAGUUGUACGAAUUAGACAUAUUUUAUACAACAGCGAGAUUUUUACAUCAGCAAUAAUCUUGAAAUCUGCAGUCAUGUCAGACCGGGGUUCUUUCGACACUAAUGUUGUGACUUUGACGAGAUUUCUGCUUGAACAGGGCAGAAAAGCCAAAGGCACGGGCGAGCUGACAACACUCCUGAACGCGAUGUGCACGGCUGUAAAAGCCAUCUCGAGCGCUGUCAGGAAAGCAGGUAUCGCGCACCUGUAUGGCAUUGCUGGAAGUACCAAUGUGACAGGUGACCAGGUUAAGAAGCUGGACAUCCUUACCAAUGACCUCGUCAUAAACAUGAUCAAAUCCUCAUUCACCUCAUGUGUACUGGUCACUGAGGAACAUGAAAACGCAAUCAUUGUGGAGCCAGAUAGACGGGGUAAAUACGUGGUUUGCUUUGACCCUCUUGAUGGUUCAUCCAAUAUUGACUGUCUUGCUUCAAUUGGGACCAUCUUUGCCAUCUACAGGAAGUGCACAGACAGCGACCCGUCUGAGAAGGAUGCCCUGCAACCUGGCAGAAACAUAGUGGCUGCUGGAUAUGCACUAUAUGGCAGUGCCACCAUGAUUGUCCUCUCCACUGGUCAGGGAGUCAACUGCUUCAUGUUAGAUCCAGCUAUUGGCGAGUUCAUUCUGGUUGACAGAGAUGUGAAGAUUAAGAAGAAAGGCAAGAUCUACAGUCUGAAUGAAGGUUAUGCCCUUUAUUUUGAUCCUGCUGUCACAGAGUACCUGCAGAAGAAAAAGUUUCCGGAGGAUGGCAGUGCACCCUAUGGAGCCCGUUAUGUAGGCUCAAUGGUGGCAGAUGUGCAUCGAACACUUGUUUACGGAGGAAUCUUCCUUUACCCUGCAAAUGUGAAGAGCCCCAAAGGAAAGCUCAGACUGCUCUAUGAGUGCAACCCCAUGGCCUUCAUCAUGGAGCAGGCCGGAGGGAUGGCCACCACAGGGACCACCAACAUCCUGGACAUCCAGCCCGAGAGCCUCCAUCAGCGGGUACCCGUGGUCUAUUGCACCCUAUUGAGGGAAGCUGUGAAUAAAGUUCUUGACAAAACCAGAGCCUUUCUGAGAUAUUGUGCACAUUUCAGUAAGCCUCUGAGAACACAGCACUUGUGA